GUGUCUCUCGCUUAAUUCCUCUAGAAGCGACUCGCGCGUUUCAUCCUUUCUUCAAUCCGACCCUCGAUCUGCCUUUCCUUCGCAAAACAGGUACAGGGACAUAUCACCGACCAUGGAGAACUACCAAAAGUUGGAAAAGAUUGGUGAAGGUACCUACGGUGUCGUCUACAAAGCUCGAGACCUUGCCAAUGGCGGCCGAAUUGUCGCCCUGAAGAAAAUCCGCCUCGAAGCUGAAGAUGAGGGCGUCCCCAGUACCGCCAUCCGCGAAAUCUCUCUCCUGAAGGAGAUGCGCGAUCCCAACAUUGUUCGUCUGUUCAACAUCGUCCAUGCCGAUGGUCACAAGCUGUACCUUGUCUUCGAGUUUCUCGACCUCGAUCUCAAGAAGUACAUGGAGUCUCUCCCCGUGAGCGAUGGUGGUCGAGGCAAGGCCCUGCCCGAGGGUUCAUCCCCUCACUUGCAGCACCUUGGCCUGGGCGAUAUGGUUGUUCGAAAGUUCAUGUUCCAGCUUUGCGACGGUAUCAAGUACUGCCACUCCCACCGUGUCCUCCACCGCGAUCUCAAGCCCCAGAACCUCCUGAUCGACAAGGAGGGUAACCUCAAGCUCGCUGAUUUCGGUCUUGCCCGUGCCUUUGGCGUGCCUCUGCGCACCUACACCCACGAAGUCGUUACUCUUUGGUACCGAGCCCCUGAAAUUCUCCUAGGAGGCCGUCAAUACUCGACUGGUGUCGACAUGUGGUCCGUUGGCUGUAUCUUUGCCGAAAUGUGUACAAGAAAGCCUCUCUUCCCCGGUGACUCUGAAAUUGAUGAGAUCUUCAAGAUCUUCCGCAUCCUCGGCACCCCCACUGAAGAGAACUGGCCUGGCGUCACUUCCUACCCUGACUUCAAGGCAUCCUUCCCCAAGUGGCAGCGCGACUACAGUAAGGACCUUUGCAAGGACCUCGACGCCCAUGGACUUGAAUUGCUCGAGAUGCUGUUGGUGUACGACCCUGCUGGGCGUAUUUCAGCCAAGGCUGCCUACAACCACCCCUACUUCGAGCCUCUCCUGGCACAAGAGCAAGCAUCCGCCCAGACAAAUGGCUACUAUCACUAGAUGGGAUAUGGAGCUCCAUACCAGAUGAUGCAGAUGCAGAUGCACUAAAACUCCACCGCCGAAUGACGAGCGGAACCAAGGUCUUCUCUCUUUCCGAGAUACUGUUGGCGCUUCUCCUAGGCCAAGGAGAAGAUGAUAUUGAUAUGGCAACAGCAGCAAUGCCCAAGCAGCAU